AUGUCUGGUCCGGGGGCUGAGCGCGAGGUCGCGGCCCCCCGAGGAACCUUUUUCUGCCCUCGUAUUGCAGUCCGCCUUGAUGCAUCCGCUCUUGCAGUCCCCGCUCUCGUGGCUUGCUGGAUCGGGGCUUCUUCAUACUACGGACGAUCUGCAGCUAAGUUGAGACUAGGAGUGGGCCGAGAUGAGUUCCCGGAUGCGUUCCCGAGCGGGCGAGCCUUGCCAUACAUGCGCCAGGUGACUGACACUAGUCAGCGAUUUGGUAUCCUUGGCACAAAGAUUGGGUAUGCGAAGGAGGUGGAGAAUGGCGCGUACAGCGCUCCCCAACCCGGCGCUCUCGGUUCAUCGCCCGGAGGCUUUCUCCUUGGACUUGCCAGAAAAUCCAAGAAUUUCCUAACAGUCGUAGGCCCAGCAGUCUGUGCCCCUGCUGAGGCAGUUUUGGUUGAACUGGUCCCCGCUGUCUCUGGUUUCGCAGUAGUCUUCGAACUCGUUCCAGCAGAAUGCCAUGUUUCGGCCGAGUUUUGUGCAUUUGUUAAUCGGCGACGAGACAGACUGCACAUCAUUUUUCGAGCAUCACCCGCUACCCAGACCAUACCCCUACCACGAAUACCACUUUACAGGUCAUUUAUGCGUAAGACUGUGACUCGUCAAGGGUAUGCCGGUUCAGCCACAACCGGACUCCGAGUCCCCGAGCAAGGCCACCCUCGAAAGCACUAUUUAAAGUCCUCUUUCCUCCUUCUCCAAUGGCUGCCGUAUAGCAAACACAUAUCUUCCAAUUCUUCCAAUUCUUCCAAUUCUUCCAAUUCUUCCAAUUCUUCCAAUUCUUCCAAUUCUUCCAAUUCUUCCAAUUCUUCCAAGUCCAGCCAAGCUCAAACUCUUUGUUUUCCACACCAUUCCUACGCUCCUGUCCCUAUUCCAGUCCUCAUCAUGAGCACUACCAUUGUUAUCGAAGAGGGUACAGAGGACAGGAAGUUCCUGCACGAAAACCACUACAGCGUCCAAGUCUCGAAAGGAGUAUCCUCUCCCGGUGGUGAGGUCAAGUUCAAUGUGGUCUACCACUCAAAGAAGCUUUCGCCGAGCAUGACCAUUUCAUGGGUUCCCAAGUACGGCCUCAACUGGACGAGCGAUAUGCCAAACAAAGGCUCAAAGGUCACGUACACCGGAAGGUGGCAGCCUUGCGAGCUCGGCCAAUCCUAUAAUCUGACCGACACUGGCGGAUGGGAAAUCAACAAUGCCGACCCCAACAAGGACCCCCUUGCUGUGAAUGUUGGAAAGAAUGGCUAUUCUGAGUCUGUCAACAUUGUCGUGGGAAUUUUGAAUGAAGACACUGGUGCCUGGCAAGCAUUCUUUGUCAGCCCAGACAAGUUGCCACCGAAUGGAUUCGCGCAAUACCAGCCUAAGGACAACAUCCAAAUUUGGUUUGCUGAAGGCAUCGUUACCGAAACAAUCAUAUCCACCCAAUUCACGGAGGUUAAGAACUUCGACAUGUCAGAAAAAAGACUGCAGUAUUUCUGGUAUGAAGCCGCCACAGGAAAUUGGGAGAACCAGGAUCAUACAUUCAAUCUGCCCAAAUAA